GAUUCUCGAAAACCAGCGGGCAAACUGCCAUGCUGUCUUAUGUUAGCUUUGCUUUAGCCUAUCAUUAUAGAUAAUUGAGCGUGGAGAGUUUCAACCAGCAAGAAAAUGCGAACUCGCAGUCGGCUGCGGUAGUCAUGCCUACUUGCAGGCGAAACAAGCACUCAGCAGCCAUACGAAACAUCCACAAAAUGUCUUUCCGUAGAAUCAAACGUACGAAAUAUAAUUGACGAACCCGAAGAUUUGGGUCCGCACUUUUGCAUCUCUCACGAUUGAAUCUUCUCGCCACGCACAAACAUGUCUAAGUGUCAAGAACCUGGACAAUGCGCUCUUUCCCAAACAGCAACUCAGCCACAACAUAUAGAGGAUGUCGAGGCACAGCUAGGCUGUAAAUCCUCAGGUGUAGAUAUGAACGCAGAUUCCCGCUCUGAGCCCGAUAAACUGUCACCCGAAACUCCUGAGUCCAACGAUAGGUCAUCAUCUAAAUCUUUGACAAGUAGUGUUGUGGAUUUCCCAGAGGAGAAUGGCAGAACAUAUCAUGGCUAUCGUCCAGGAACAUACCACUUCCCAAAUGACGUUAAUGAACAAGACAGACUUGAAGCACAAUUCGAUAUGCUAAAAUGUGCCUUUUCAGGCCGCAACUUCUUCGCUCCUCUGUCCGAUCCUCGUUACAUUCUCGAUAUUGGUACUGGUACAGGUCAAUGGGCAAUCUAUAUGGGUGAUACUUUCCCAAAGGCAGAGGUUCAGGCCACUGAUCUCUCUCCAAUCCAACCAGUCUCUGUCCCAGAAAACGUCCAUUUCUAUAUCGAUGAUGCUAGCGAUGACGAUUGGAUACUGCCAUCCGACCACUUUGAUUAUAUUCAUACUCGUGUGCUACUAGGAUGCUUCAAGGAUUUCGAAGCCAUCAUAAAAAGAGGGUUUCACUAUACGAAGCCAGGAGGCUAUAUGGAGAGUCAAGAAAUUCUAUUCACUCCAUACUGUGAUGAUAAAUCGAUGUCUGAAACCUGGCCAUUCUUAGAAUGGAUUGGAUUCGUCGAAAAAGCGGCAACUAAAGCCGGCAGAUCGAUGAAUAUAGCCAAAAACCUCAAGAGCUGGUACGAAGCAGCUGGAUUUGUGGACGUGCAGGAAAAGGUGUUUAUACUGCCAGUCAACCCUUGGUCCAAAGACAAGCACUUACAUAAACUUGGGGAGAUGUCCGAAGAGAACUGGCUUGCAUGUUUAUCAAGCUUUAGUAUGGCUUUGUUUUCCCGCAUAUUAAAAUGGAAGCAAGAACAAAUUGAGGUGUAUUUGGUGAAUGUUCGAAAAUCUAUUCCGAAUCAAAACUUUCACGCCUAUAAUAAAAUAUAUGUUGUAUGGGGAAGGAAACCAGAAGAGCGCGAGAAAACUCCUGGCAGUAUCCCCGAAGACAUGUCUUCCAAGAUUGAUUCGGCCCAAGGUGAAUCUGCAAAAAUUGUCACCUAAUUGACUUUACGAUAUUCUGAUCGAAAUUUUAAGAUUCUUAUCUAGUAUUCAGUAUAUGUUAUAACAUAAUGACAAAAAGUUGGGACCAACACACUUUUCUAAAAAAGAAUAUAACCACUUCUUUCCCUUUCAAAAAACACA